UACAAUGGCGGGGAUUUUCGAAGAUGACAUUUCGGAGACAGACCAAAAGAAAACUAUUUAUUUGAAAAAAAUACCUCUCCGCUGUUGCUGUCGAUACUGGCAUGCAGAGUAGAACGAGAAGACAUCUUCGAAUUGGGCUAGGAGUUUUCCGUUGUGGGGAAUGGAAUCAGACAGCCACCCACAAAUUGUUCAUGCUCCAAACUUCCAGAUAUACGCAGCAGCCAACAGGGGCAGACUAAGGACCAUGUACCCAUUUCUAAGUAGUGCGCAGAUAAAUGGAAAACUUAAAGAUGCAUGGAAACAGCUAGAAGUUGGACAAAAAAACAGAUAUACUAAGACCAUUCUGAAAGUAACACCUGAGAAGCAAAGGGAACUAAAGAAACCAAAAGAGAAUAAGACUGUGAAAGCAAAAAAAAGUAAGAAAAAGAAAACUGAACUUAAUGAAGAAUCAAACGUUUGUGCCACUCCUGAAUAUGUGAAUCCCAAAAAAAUAAGUGAUUUUAGACAAAAAUAUGAUCAAAAAUACGAAAAUGACUUUGAAUUUAGUGACAAAGACAUGGCAAAUGAUGGUGACAGGAGAAGUAGUUGUGGCUCUUUCUUCAUGAACAGGCACAACAAGUCAAAAAUGGAGAGGGUUCAAAAUGAGGCACAUAAAACACCAUUAAAGAAGCAAGGAAUUUUAAAGACUGGAAGUUCAAGUAAAAAGAGGAAAGAUAAAGUGAGCUUUUCUGAACUUCAACAUGACCAAGAAGAAUGUUGUGGAGCCACCAGUGCUGAUAGGUUGCCUAUGGAUGUUGAUGAAGGUGGUCUCUGUGCAAGUGGCAACUAUAACAGCUCAGAUGAGGACAAUGCAGUAUUGAUCAGGCGAGAAGACUCCAUGGUAGACCCAGAGACACAGAACAUGUGUGACAGUGUCAGCAAGAUCGUAGAAAAGGUUCAAGGACACCUCAAUACAGUGAAACAGGCAUUAGAUGUGGAAGGUGGUACUGGUUUGCAGGCUAUGGAAUCAGACUUCUCUGAGACUUGUAAUAGGUUUGAAGAACCUGAAAAAGACAUUCAAGACACUGAAGAUGUAUUUAAAUCCACAAGCACUAGAUCUGUAAGAAAGUCCUCAAAGCAAAGAAAGUCUACUCCACUGCUACCUUCUUGGUCACAAAACAAGGCAGUUUCACAGGUUACACCAGAUGUUGCUGGACUGACAGUUGAUGACAAAAGUGAAUACACAACCCCUCAAAUGGAUGGUGUUCUUCAGAAGUUAGCCAUUAAAGAGGUAAAUAAAGCACCACAUAAGAGGAGGCAGUCUAGAGAGAAUGCUGCUCAUACCAAAAAGUGCAAUUCAAGUGCUAAGGGUAAUGGAGUGACUCGGUCUUUAAUGGUUACAAAGUUAGAAAGAGAUACAAUUGCUGCAGAUGUGAAAAAUGUGGGAAAUAUUGAAAUAAAGGAUACCUUUGCCAGCACUUUCAAUGACACCUGUGAAGACAAAAACUACAAAAGUGUUAACAAGACAAAGAAUAAAGGUAUAGGAAAGAGAAAAGCUAAGAGGAAUAGGGCCCUGAGUUUAGAUGAUCAAGAAACUCUUGCAAUUGCCAUGGAUCCAUCUGGUGAUGCUAGCCAGAAUAAAUUAGACUUUGAUAACAACAACAACACAGCCGAUGGUGCUAGAGGCAUGAUUGAGACGCAGACAGAGCCCGCUGAGGAGCACAACUUUACAGGUGAUCAUCCUAAGCCUUUGAAGAGGAAAUCACGCCACAGCUCUAGGUCACCAUUGGCAUCUCCUCUACAAGCACACAAGAAAUCAAAGACAUCAGACAAGGAUACAUCCGGAGCUACUACACCACUAGAUGCAUGUAUUUCCAAUAGGUUUCUCAAGUUGCAGCCCUCUGUGAGUGGCAGUCAGUCAUCCUUUGAAGGGUCCAGUGCUUCAAGUCCCAGCUAUCUUGGUCUGUCUCCAUCUUUGAACGUCACCCCAGAGUCAACAAACAGCAGUUUGUCAUCCUUUAGAAGACUCGGAAAGCAGUCAGACAGGCCCUCUUCACUGAACCCAGCUCUAGAGCGUGUGCUGGAGGGACUGAGAAGCACCAGGGUCACUGCAGAACUGGACUGUCCACUCAUUGGCAGUGACAGGUCAUCUCCCUGCCUGCUUUCCCCAGCAAUGUCUGGCAUCAGUGAGUUAUCGAGCACAUCUAGUCGUUCUCAGAGCCGCCUCUCCUCUCAAAAUCUGGACAUACACCAAGGGGAGGGGCAGAAUGUACACACAGCAGAUCUACAGGUCCAUUCCCAGGAAGACAAAACCUUGUGUGACAUGUUUGCUGAUGUCACCCCUCCUGAGAGGAAGACCAGCGGACAGUACAAGACCACCAGGAUGCUUGCCAGUGGUGGUUCUCAGGGUAAAGUCGACCUGACACAGUGGUUUCAGGAAGACACUGACGACUUCCUGUUUCAUUGAUGAAUGAUAGUAGACAUGUUGUAGCAAAACCAGUCCACACAAGCUGAUCGAAGAUAACAAUUUCCACAGGAUCUGGACAUUUUUAUUUAGACUUACUUUAAGCAGCCAAUACAGGUGCUAUACAUGUUAUCGGACAAUAUUUUAUGUAUUAAUACUGGUUUUCCCAAAACAUGUGUAGUUUUGUUUGAGAUAAAGCUCUCUUCAUACAGAAAGAAAACUACAAUUGAAAAAUGUAUAAAGUACCAUGCAGAAUAAUACUUGUAUUUUAUAUCUAGGCCUUACUUUUUUUGGUUGUAUAACCAAUAUUUCUUAUGACUGGUAGACUGUUUUUGUUUAACUCCUGCAAACAAAAGUUGAGAAUCACUUGUCUGUUUCUCUGCAUAUGAUGUUCUUUAAUCUCUUAGUACUUUAACAUUCUGAAGCAAGAGAAUUUAAACUUCAUAUGCGUCAUCACCAUGAAGUGUAAAGUAUAGAAAAGACAUUCGUAUACUUCUCCAGUGAUUCACAUAUUCCAGAGUUAUUUUCCCUUGAACAUGGCUGACAAAGCUGGGAAGGCAUAUUAUAGUCCUGUUUGUGACAAACUCCAGUUUUUAUCUGUUCUUACUAAUGCCUAGUCCUGAGGUAAUACUCUUCAAGGAGAGAUAACACACAAAUGUCUGUUAUAACUGGUAUACUUUUUUAUCCAAGCCGAAAUAGUCUCCGUCCAUCUGUCUAUCAUUACGUCUGAAACUUUGGCCAGAGCAUAACUGCAAAUCUAUUCAAUGGAUUUACUUUAAACUUAGAAUAUAAACAGAUGGCAACUAGGAGAAGUGCAGUGACCAAGAACCAUAACUCUAUCUACCUUAGUUUUUGAAUUAUCUGCAUUUAUAUAAAUUCAAAGUAAUUUUUUUGUCCGCAGUCAUGGUUCAAACAAAAAUCUCAAACCUAAAUUCAAGCACUUUUCAAGGACUUUUUAAGACCAAAUUUUCAUUUUCAAGGCCGUGAACCGUACGUUAGUUUCCUUUAAAAAAUGCAUUUUCAAGCCAGAUUAACACAGUAUAUAACAUUUAUUUGCUCAAACCCAUUAAACUUAUUUCACAAUAACUCAUACAUGUUAUUUCUAGUUAUUACAUACAAAUACAUGUUAUCCACCCUUAACUCAAUGAGUCUCACAUAUGUAUUUACUUUUUAAAGUUAUUACAAACAAACACAUUGUCUCUUUCCAUGCUCACAUCAAACAGACUAGUUCAUUUAAAAUAAACAGAAGUCGGUUACUAUAACAUUUUGUAUUUCACAGGGCUGUUGUUGUUUAUGUCUGUUUUAGAUUCAACAGUUUUAACACUAGCACCUUCCUGUUUCACCAAAAAGCACAUUGCAGGAACCCUGUUUGCUUCUCAAUUUCAUGUUUUCUUUGUGGAUAUCCCCUUUAUCGUGGCUUUUCAAAGCGCUUUCCCUCAUUCCCCCGACACCAAUGGUCUUCAUAUAGACCCAACAAUGUGCUUUUCGAAUGUCAUUUGUUUUCUGUACCCAGGAAUAUUCAUUAACUUCGCGCAAAACAUAACGAUUGACGUCAUUUUGACAACUUGUUUAUGACCAGAAAAUAGCGCCAUGAAUAUUCAUGUUUAAAGAAUGUUGAUGUAUCGUAUAAGUUGUAAUUAUUUAAGCAUUUUUCUGCAUUUUAUCGGUGUUUAUGACCAGAAAGUAGCGCCAGGAAUAUUCAGUAAACCACUCUGGUUUGAAACGACACUUCCCCAUCGCUGAAUUUUUACUCGCGCAAAUUGAUCACAAUGGCGAACCUCUGACGUAGUACACAUAAUCUGUGACGUGUAUGCUUAACGUUUCGUACCCAAUAGUGUACAAAACUUAUAUUUUGGUACUCAACUUUUUGCGCGAAGGAAUUUAUGAUAAAUUUUCGUAAUAUUUCCCUAAAGAAUGAUUUAAGUUUAUGGCGAUGAUAAAAGUAAUUUUGAACAGAAAUAAACAUUUUCAAGGCUUUUUUUAAAUGAAAUAAGUACUUUUCAAGCACUUUUUAAAGGGCAACCUUUGUUCAAGGGCUUUUCAAGCUAGGACUCGUUUUCAAGCCCUGUGCGAACCCUGGCAGUAUAACUCUAAAUCUUCUGAAGGGAUUUACUUGAAACUUGAAAUAUAAACAGAUGGCAAGUAGGAGAAGUGCAGUGACUAAGAACCAUAACUCUAUUUACCUUAGUUUUUUAGCUCGGCUGUAUUGAGAGAAAGCCCGAGGUAUUGUCAUUGCCAGCUUGUCGUGUUGUCCAAUGUCCGCGUCGUGCUCAAACCUUGACAUUUUGCUCUAAAAUCAAAGUGCUUUCACCUACAACUUUGAAACUUCAUAUGUAGAUGCACCUUGAUGAGUUCUACACGCCACACUCAUUUUAGGGUCACUUGAUCUGACAAGCUCUCAUUUAUUCAAAACUGCACCCGCAGCCGAGCGUUGGCACCCGUUAUGCGGUGCUCUUGUUAAUGAUCUCCUUUUUUUAAAUUUCAAAGUAAUUUUUUGUCAGGAGCAUAACUCUAAAUCUACUAAAGGGAUUAACUUGAAACUUGAAAUAUAACUAGAUGGCACUAAAGAGAAGUUCAGUGAACAUGAACCAUAACUCUAUCAGCUGUAGUUUUUUAAUUAUCUCCCUUUAUUUAAUUUCAUGGUAAAUUUGUAUCCAUUUUGUCACAGAUGAUACAGGUGCCUUGUUUUACAAAUAUUAUUCUACUCUCUAAAACAAAUGUUCUCAUACAAGCAAACACAUUUCGGCGGGAAUGGCCAUGUUAACAUGGCUCUUGUUUGUUAUUGUUGUUUUUUUUGUGAAAACUGAUUAUACUUAACAUACACUUAAACAUGUAGUGCAGAGAUUAUGUCUACAUAGUGCCUAAACCAUUUUUAUUUUGAGUGUACAUGUAUCAUUGAUACUACCGAAUUUAUAGCACUGGAACAACGUUUAUGUUGACACUAUGCUUUAAAAUUUGAACAGGACAAACACACAAUGUUGUUUAAUUAAGAAAUAUGUUCAAAUUUCUGAGUAAAAAUCUUGUUUUAUGUGAUACUGCUCUCACAAAAUAAAAAACACCUAGGCUUCAUGACUAUGUUUAUUCUCAACCCUAUAUUUCAAUAUUAAGCCAAUUGAAAUUAAAGCUAAUAUGUACAGUGGAUGAGAUGGGUCAAUUUGAAAGAUCUAUAAGUGUGAUAGAACUUAAGACCUUAUGGGCCAACAAUUGUACCAGUGUUUUUUUUCAAGAGCUUUUUUAUCUUUUAUAUGUAUGGAGUUAAAAAAAACCUGUGAAAUUUAAGCUUAAUUCGAAAUGUUCAUGUCAAAUACGAUUUGAAGAUUUUGUUUAUGCUCCCAUGUAUAUUUCUUGCUCAAUAUUGAAACAAUCAAUAGGCAGAACCAUGUUAUUGUUUUUUAUUUGUUGAAGAACUCUUAUUUUUGUUAAUGUUUAGAAUGCUGUUAAUGGUUUCAUUGUUCAUGAAAAUGUGAAAAAUAAAAAAUAUAGUUUUGGUG